AUGAGUUAUCCACCACCAUCUGGGGGCUUUCCCAUGUAUGGGCCUCCUCCUGUACCAGGGGGAGGAUCCCAGUAUCCAGCCCCUGGAGGACCACCACUAGGAUUUGACAGCUAUGCCAGCCAACCUUCAUAUGUAGGUGCCACUCCUGGGGUAAGUGUAUGUAGUUUUUAUUUGCCUGACUAUUAAGUCAUCUCUCAUUCGGUGUCCUUUACCAGGACUGUCAUUAAGUUUUAAACAUGAAAGAUUUUAGCUGUAGCAUCCUAAACCAUGGCCAGCGUCCAUGUAAGUACAAAAGGUCCGAAGGGCCUGAGUGUCUAGGGGGGUGGGCCUCAAACAUGGCAAUGAUUGAAUGGUGGUAAGCUUACAGUACCUUUAUUAAAAUUGGUGUUAUUUUUAAUACGUUGGUCUUUGGCUCUCUUAAUACCUCUAAAACAAGCCAAAGUAUUAUCAUGUAUUACUUGGUUGCUUGUGUGUAGUAAAAUCAUUUGUUAAGACCUUUAAGUGACUGAACAGUCCAUGCAUUUUGCCCACCACAGUACCCACCUGGUCCAGCUAUGCCCAUGCCCACCCCUGAGGGCUCUUCAAUGUAUCCUGGAAUGCCAGGUCAAAUGCCAACAGCAAUGCCUCCCCCUAUGCCAUCAGGUAAGUUGAAAUGUAUUUCAGGACUGUGUUGUCUAGUAGGUGCACUGUAAUUAGCAAUAAUUGAAUAAGGCUGAGUACAUAGUUGCAUGAUUUAGAGAAUUUUUAGGGAGGUCGAGGAGGUGGAUGACACCCUCCUAGAUCGGUAUAAUUCUUCAGAUCAUAUGAAAGCAGGUUCUGUAUCCAAUGAUUUAUUGUUUUAUUAUAAAAUUUAUUCAAAAUAAUGCCUUAUAGAGGACUUCUGACUGACUUGCAUUGCUCAAAACACCUUUGCUUGUAUUAAGCUCCCAGCUUAAGUAAUGCAACUUGGCAGCAAAUGAACUGCCAUACUGGUGAGUCUGAGAUCAUGUGCUUUAAUUUAUAACUGUAAUGUAUAGAUGUUUAAUAAAUGACCGGAUGCAUGCUUUAUGGAAGUAUUGAGUAACAAAAUUUUUCCGACUUCAUGGUGCAGUUGAAUGCCUUAUUUUUUUUAAUUUGUAAUAAAUUAAUAAAAUAAUAGGUAUGCCAAUGCCCUCUCCUAAUGCUGGGAUGCCUGCACCGCCACAUGCUGCUGGUCCUUAUGGGGCCCCUCCUUCCAUGCCACAGCCUGGCAUGGGCUAUCCAUCUACUGGACAUUUAUCAUUUGGGGUGAGCUUAACAUUUAUCUUAAAAGGAUGUAGCAUAUAGAGCAAAUAUGCAACUUGGGUGAAAGAUAGAGAAGCAAUGAUUCAUGUACAAAUUGUUCAUUGGUAAAAGUGAGACAUUUUUUUUCACUUCUAUGUAAGCUAUAGACCACAUAGUAAGUAUUAUUAUUAGUGUUUGCUAAAUGGCUACAAAAAUGAAUACUGUCAAGAAUUAGGUAAUUAUUUGAAUUACAAGGUAACUUCAAAUUUCACCAGUAUACAUGCAUAAGAAUGCAGGACCAAAUGACUAUUUAUACCUUACUCACCUGACAAGACCAGUUUAUAAUGAGAGUAUAAAAUUCAUAUAAAAGUUGACCCUGACUGAACAUGGUGUACAUGUUCUAAGUAUUAUUUUACAUUGUACUCACUAUUUGUCCUCUCAUUGGCUAUAAGAGCCUACGGUUGAUUUUGGAAAUCUGGGCAACCUACAGAUUAGAUAGUCAUCUGCCGGGAGAAGUGACUAUCUGUAGGUUGGGUGUGCCAUGCAUGAUUUCCAAGAGCAAUGCUAAACUGUGUUCUAUGGGAUGGUUUGUUUGCUGUCAUUUUCUUUAAAACAAACUAUAAAUAAAACGAUAUUGUUAGAUUUGGUUUUUUGAAGAUACCAGGAAUAAUCAAGGUCUCAGUAAGUGUUAUCAGCCUCAGCCUUCACCCUGGCUGAUAACACUGUUUUUAUUAAAAUACCUUGGUCUUGAAUUUUUGGAUAUCACAGUGGAAACCUCAUCCAAUAAUCAUGCAAAAUCCAUUGUUAUAUAAUUUAGACCAGUAUUCAACCUAGUUUGAUUUAAAAUUCCCUUCAUUUUCUAGCCUUAAUUAAUCAUAGGAGACAAAUGAAAUUCUGCUUUAACCUCUGCCCUGUACGGCAUACAUGUUACAGAUCAAAAUAAUAUCAAAAUCAGAGUAAAAUUUUUUAACCUGGGUCAAUUGUCAUUCCCUUUGUCCCCUUAUUCUAAUUCAUGAAAAAUUAGUGCCAGGAGACAAAGGUUAAAUUGAGAAUCAAUUUGGGUUAAACAAUUUAAACCUGAAUUAGUAAUUUUGACCUGUAACAUACCCACCUUACAUAUUUUGGUUAAGAUGUGCACUUUAAAAUAGCUCAGAUCAGUUUAUCUUGAAAUGUUUUAGGGUGCAGCAAUGGCUACUGCUUCAUUUCCGAGCCUCUACAAGAGUCAAGUUGGUCCACCUCAACCUCAGCCUAACUUGUCCAUGGUUAGCUAUUUGUUUCUCACUUUUGUCAAAUCUUCAGUCUGUGACAUUUUCUUUCUUUGUUCAAUUAAUGGUCUUUCCUUCCCUGAAUCCGCUUAACAUGAGGAAGCUUAAGAUUGCUUGCAUGCUACAUACUUUCAAUCAGUUUCAGUUGUACUGCAGAAGAAUUCUCACCAAAGAUGCAUCUCUCCUGAACCCAACAAAUAAAUUGACAGUGGAACAGCAAAGAUAGUGGCCGGAAAAAAUCAUUAUUGUAUUAAACAAAUCAGUUUAAUGGUUUUGCAGGUGCAUUAUGCAUACUGGUACACUAUUUUCUUUGUCAUUCUCUGCUAAUUUUCAGGUUUUGCAGAGAAUGUGAAGACAUGACAGUUACUUUUACUUAUUUUCCUCUAUGAAUCUUAAACCUCUUCAGGGCCUCAGGACCUGAGCUCAGUAAUGUAAGAUAGACAAACAAACAAAUUGGAACUUUCUUAAAUUAUCUAAAAAGCUUAGAUGCCUACAAUGAAAUAGCAGAAGCCAUAUCUUUGUCAGAAAGGAAUGACUUGACUUGUUUUAUGCUGCAGGAAAUAGUACAGUUAUGUACUACUGACUUAAAACGCUCUGUCACGUCCUUUGUAGGCUCCACCUCCGAGUGCUCCCCCUGCUGCUGGCAUGCCAUCUUCCCAUCCUCCACCCCCUGCGGCAGCAUCAUCUUACUCAGCCUCAUCCUCAUACGUGUCAUCAUCAUCAUCGUACUCAUCACACUCUACGUCCACUACCAAGUCUGGAUCAAGCCAUCAGGUACAAAUUUAAUGCUCAUUUAAUUAGUUAAUGGCAAUUAAGUUGUAUCAGAAUCGCCUCAUGUAAGGCGAUCUAGAGUUUGGAAUCCGAGAAAUCUGUGCUUGUUGAAUCUAGAUUGGGUGAUUCCAGAAAAUAUCCAUACCCUACCAUGGGUGGCAUGAGUAUUUUAACCCCCCCUUGCACUCGAAAAUUCCAAAAUGCUUAUCCCCCCCUUACCCUCCGAAUUCCAAAAUCGCUAACCCCCCCCUCUCCUCCGGAAUUUUCCACUUUUGUUUCAGACCCUUUGGAAUUCCUGUCCGUUUAAGGAUAUCAGUUCCUGGAAUAAAUAGUUAUUUCGAGGAAAAAUAACUAUUUAGAACUGAAUGAUCAAAACACUUGCGCAUAAACAGUUUUGAAUUAAACAGCGUAUCAAAAGACACGCUGUCGGAUUUUACUACCUACAUGUUGGUGUGAAAAUCGGCGUGAAAUACAAAAUCCGUCAGGCGUUCUAUUUGGAAACGAGAGACUGGUGCGAGUUUUCAGCACGCAACAACACAUCGUCAAUCAACAAUCGGCAAGAAACACCGACUUGGUUAUAUUUUUAUUAAUCAGUUGACUAAUUCAUCAACUUUAAGGCCUCUUCGAUGUGGAGCUUGCUGCACAACCCAUCUGCUUACCCAUCUGCAUGAACGCAUACUUCUUCCGUGGUCGGUUCGUGCUUCAUUUACAAACUGGGAAUGUUAACAGGUCAGCGAUUUCAAGCGGAGCUUUCGCCAUCUUUCCUCUGGAAAUUCACUGAAUUCAGAGAUGAAACACCCCCCAUGCCUUUGGAAUUCCAAACUACGUUACCCCCCACGUCUUCGGAAUUCCAGUCCAAGAAACCCCCCCCUCUCCCUCGGAAUUCCAAGAUGCCGCCCGUGGUAUGGUAUGGAUAUUUUCUGGAAUCACCCAUUCUGAAAAAAUUUAUGCUUGUGAAAUCCGGAUUCCUAAGCUUUGGAAUCUGUAAUUCAAUGCAGCUAAAGGACUCUAGAACUCUGCUAAUGAAUAGAAUCCGGAAUCCAGAAAAUCAAUCAAUCUAUCAAUCAAUCAUCUUGAUUUAACGAGUCCAAAACAUGUUAACUCAUGGCUAGUUAGAGAGUUGUUAUUUAAAGCAUCAUUGUCCCAAAAGCGAAAUCAAAACCUGUGCCAUUAUGUGUGUCUCUAUGUAUAGAAAGGUUUAUCUUUCACAAUUUUGUCUAAUGUUUGUGCGAUCGGCGUUUCCAGUUAGCCUAACUCAAUUUUUUUCUUUUUCAGUCUUCAACCAAGCGAGCAUCUGUCAAAGUUCGUCAAACAACUUUUGAUGCGCAGAAGGACGCUGAAGUGUUAAGGAAAGCUAUGAAGGGAUUAGGUAUAAAACGCACAAAUGUCCUCUAAAGUCUCUUUGUGGACUCUUAUGCCCCUCUUUUCCCCAACCUCCUUCACCCCUGGGACUUGCUUAUAUGGUCACAUGGCUGAUUCAUACUAAAACACUUUCAAACCUGUUUAAUUAACAUAUGUACACCUCAACGUUGAAACUCGACUUUUGCAGGAAGAAGAGACUUUUCAAACCAUACCCAAAUGAGCGCGAUUCAGUCAAACAGGCGAAAGAAAAACGCAAAAAAUUAUAUAAUUUGGAGCAGAUGAUUCUGCGUGGAAAAUCUCGUUUUUUGCACUACCCACCAGUACACUUCCUUCCAAGUCAUUUCGGGUCCUCGCAGGGUUUAGGGUUUCGUGAAAACGCUUGCCAACCUAUUAAAACAUGGACCUGGACUGAAGAUUUACGUUUCUGGUGUGAACGACUAUGAGAUCGCCUCGUUCUCCUACGCGCAGAGCAAAAUGUAUAUAUGGGCAAAAGAAAUGAGAACUAUGAGAGAAGAAGUGUAUUGGGCUAUCAAAGCAGUUUUCGUAGAUAAUUAUGCUUCUUAUCUGUUUUUUAGGAUGUGAUUCCAAAGCUAUUAUUACGUUGCUUUGUUCGCGAACAAAUAGCCAGAGACAACGGAUUGAGUUAGAAUACAAGACAAUGUAUGGCAGGGUAAGCCUUUGAUGCUCUCCAUCUGGUUAUGUUUUUGCGUGAUGUUUCAGCAAGUUAGCCAUUAGCUGGCUAAGAUUUAACCAUUCAAAAUCCAAAUUGAUCAUCAUUAAGUUUCCCCCUUGAAGUGUGGAUGUUUAGUUGACGUUCAGAAGAAUGAAGCACGUGACAACCCAAGCCGAUAAAUUUUGUUGAUAACACAAGAGCAUUUUUCUCCCAAAACUUUAGCUACAUGUCGUUCUGAUGGAAUUUAAGGAGACGACGUUAUUUUGCGCUACAAAAACAGGAGAACACGCACAAUAUGCCAGCGAUCACUUGGUCUUACUCGGUCUGACAGCUUAGCUAGAAAAGCGAAACAAGCCUCUCGCUCGAAACGGAAACUGAAACGGAGAACAAACAAUGUGAUCAUUACUGGUGGUUUUGUUUGUUUGUGAUUAUUUUUGGAAUUUUCCUGUACGCGGCAAUGCACGACAAGCUUACACGUAGUCUUAGAAGUGCUGACUGUUAGUAAUUUUGUCGCCCUGCAGGACCUUUUGAAGGAUCUUAAAUAUGAACUGGGUGGUCAUUUUGAGGACAUUGUUCUUGCUCUUAUGAUGCCUCCCGCGGAUUACGAUGCUACUUCACUGAGAAAAGCCAUCAAGGUAAGUACAGAAUUUAUCGGUUUUCGCUAGAAGGGAGGGUGGUGUUUUAAAGGGGGCAGUGGGUGGAAUGAGUGCAAUGAACCAAAUCCUGCAGUGAAAACCAAGGGCCUAUCCCCCUAUCUCGGCUUACAGGAUAGCGGGAUAGGCCUGCUUGGGAUUUUGGGGGCCAAUAAGGUUUCUGACGAAUCCAAUUCGUGUAGUUCAUUUUACACGCAUGAAUUUGGUUAACUAAAAGUCAUCCCGUAGAUACUUAAAAGCUGCCGAUUAGUCCGUUAGUUGCAUGCUGGCUUCUUUCUUUCGCUGCUGAUCUGUAACUUUGCAUGUAACUACCGCCUUUGAAACCUUGGGAGAGGGCUUUUUUAACUGGCCUUCUUUUUAUACCCUUCUUUUGCUUGUUCACUCCCUUAAACUGAAUUAAACACUGGCAGCAUACUGCCCCUCACAAUUUAUUCAAUUUGCUUCCGUGUGUUUUUUCAGGGUCUCGGAACAGAUGAAGGCGUUUUGAUUGAGAUUCUGUGCACAAGAAGUAAUUCAGAGGUCACUGCAAUAAAACAUUCCUAUCAAAAGCGUGAGUUGGCGAAAUAGUUAUAGUGGACAGCUAUUUCAAUUUUAAGGCCUCAGGCUAAAGCAAUAUGGCUGCAAGGUCGCGUGGGUAGUUUCUUUGUAAUUCGGUCGUAACUUCGCAGUUGUCAGUGCUAUAGAAUGGUAUGAAACAUCACUAGAGUUUACCUUUACGAUUUCACGCCGGAUGGCAGAGUUGGGUAAAUUUUUGUGAAAUUACCUAUAAUAUUUCUAUGCGCUCUCAGUCGUGGUCGUCGUGGGAUAGUCUUUUCGUCCAACACCGUUAAUUGAAAUAGCGGUAUUUGAAGUAUUUAAAUGAGAAAUUAUUGAAGUUGUGAUCAUCUGAACGAACUGAGAAGAGAUAAUCUUAAUCACAGCAAGCAAGUUCUUGCCAAUUUAUUAAAGAUCCUGGUUGGUGAUUCAGGUGGGGUUUUGAACUUGUGAAGCUAGUCUUGACUAAAACCAAGCUUACUCAUUUACCCAAGUUACACCUUUCCGUUAAUACUUUCUCUGGCUAAUGAGAACAUGCGUUUUGUUGCAUGUCUCAAGUGUUCAGCCGACAGUUGGAAAAGGAUGUUGCAGGAGACACUUCUGGUUAUUUCAAGAAAUUCCUCACUUCACUUCUACAGGUAAAAUUCAUAGUCAUAGUCAUUUGCAGUGGCGGAUCCAGGGGAGGGGGCCGGGGGGCCCGCCCCCCCUUAUUUUAAAACCAAACUGAGGCCCGAAGAGCCGAAAAAAAAUUUUCUUGGAGACCGCCCCCCCCCUUUUCUAAGGGUCUGGAUGCCCGGGCCCCCUCCCCCCUUAUCUCAGGGUCUGAAUCCGGCACUGAUUUGGGAUUAGAACAAGCUCACAAGAAUUCGCGGGCCAGGCGAUGGGCUUUUCUCUUCAUGAAAGAUUUUCUUUUCUUUUUAUUUCUCUACUUUUUCCUUAACAAGAUCAUAGAUAAAAUUGGUGUAAAAGUUCGGUCAAUUUAAAAAUAUUUCAUGAUGACCCUUUUACAAUAUUAAUGGAGAGGAGAGGGGAGGGAAGGGGAGGGAAGAAGGGGAGUGGAAGGAAUGGGUGAGGAGGCGAUGGGGAGGUAGGAGGGUGUGACUGCUGUGUCCAAGUAAGGAGUUAAGAUCCCUUUACGCAUGCCCAAUUUUUUUCACCUAGUAUGUGGCAAAUCUUCGUGUAUUUGUUUUCCAGGUGCUUAUCCGUAUUAAGCUGUUUCGUUUUCUGUUAUUUCUACAGGCCUAUAGAGACGAAAGCCAAUCUGUUGAUUUUGGUAAAGCUCAGGCAGAUGCGAAGGUACGUUGCAGAAUUUUCCUUUAUUAGAGAAAAGAAAGUUAUUAAAAACUGCAAGCUUGGGAAGACGGCGCACUCAAGUGUUUCUUGAUAAUUUGUUCUUUCCUUAGAAUAAAAGAUAUAAACAGUAGUUGUAAGUAAUUAGUAGUCUAUAAAAAUGUUUACUUACUUUUUGAAUCGAAUAGGGAUUUGGAAUUACUGGCUUUUGAGAGGACGAUAAUACUGGAAAAACGGGAGAAAACCUCUCGGAGCAAGGAAGAUAGCCAACCAAAAAACUCGACCCCAAUAUGAACACCGAGCUAAAUCGAACCCGGGCCUUAAAGCUUAAUUAUUAGCCGUGCCGGACUUGACAUGACCAUUAUAACAACUUGGUCCAGUUACUACUGUUGGCCUGUUAUCGUCUCUAAAGAUGUAAGUCGAUGGUUCGAGCGCCGGGUGGUCAACAAAUGAUUUGUCCCCUGUGCCACACCUUCGCCAUAAAUAAACUGGACUAAUCCAUUUCCUUGCAAAAGCCAUUAUGUACGGAAAUGUCGCUGCCAAACAUAGAGCGAUGCUUUGAAAAGCGUCCUCUCGCAGGUUAAGCUUACUGUUGUCAAAUGUACGCUUUUUCAACUUGUGUGUAGGCGCUGUACCAAGCAGGGGAAGCCAGAUGGGGAACAGACGAAUCAAAGUGAGUUUUGUAUGUGUAUAAUAAAAGAUUAUGCAGUCGUUACGUAACCUAGUACGUAACCAAGCAUUUAUGUAUUUGUUUUGCAUAGAACUAAUUGAAAAAUGUUUUAAUUUUAGGUUUAAUAUCAUCCUUGUCUCACGGAGUUUUCCCCAGUUAAAGGCGACCUUCGAUGAAUACGCCAAGGUAAGCUAUGUCUUCUCAUUCUUCGAUUUGACAAAACUUUGAGUUAAAACUUUCGUCAUAACGCUCUGCAGCCCACCGGUUUAUCUUCUUACUUGAGGGAAUUUUCUAUAGUUUCCUUUAAUCUCCCGUUUUAUGGGUCUUAAAAAAAAAUUAGAAGGGGUAAAAUGCUCAUUUUACUUGAGACGAGCUAGGCUCUUUGUCCAGUGUGUCAGUGAGGAAUAGUCGUGAGCUAUCUUGUAAGUGCUACCUUCCAGUUGUGAUUUUCCCGCUCUCCUGGUGAGAGGUUCUGUGUCAAGCUAUUUGCAAUCUAUUUAAAAAGCUUAAAUGUGCCUUCGGAUCAACUAAAUUCCAAAAAUAAUUGUUCAUUUUUGUUAUUUAAGACUAUAUUUAGGCAUUGAAACUGUUUCCUUUCGUCUGUUGCUAGAGAUGGCAAGGAUGGAAAUGGAUUGAAACUUGACCAAGUUGGGUCAAGUUUUAAUGUCAUGACUGCAGAAAUCACCAAAAAAAGUACUAUGGUUUUUGCUGUAAUGAAAUUUUUUUCAUAUCUUCAAAACUCUACAGGAGCAUUUUGUGUAUUGGUUAAGGCAGCAAGUGCUGACUUAUCACAGAAUUGACCAAGAACAGUAGUAUCCUCGUGACAUAGCACUUUUAACGCUGUUGAUAGUGCUACGUCAGUUCUGUAUGUACUUCAUAUACUCAUGUUUCUUUUCAGAUUUCCAAAUAUGACAUUGAAGAGUCAAUAAAGAGGGAGAUGUCUGGUGACUUAAAAGAUGGAAUGACUUCUAUAGGUAACACUGAAGAAAUGAUGAUUUGAGUGCUUGCGUUUUUUUAGGCCAUAUCUUCAGUUUAUUUCCGUCUUCACUGACAUCAGUUUUUUUUUCGCCGCAGGCUGGGUCAAAAAAUGGUUAAUAAACUAACAUUUUUUAUCUAAGCCUCUUUUUUUUGUUCUAAGCCUCUCAUUUCACUGGUCCCCUUUAAUCUGCACUUCCAUUGUUUUCAGGGAUAGAGGCAUUGUUAUGUCACAAUCCCUAUUGUUUUCCUAGCUAACCAAAAACAAUCUUUCAAAUAGGUGCAGGAUCGCCCUAUCAUUCCCGUCAUCCUUAAUUUCCUGUUUUUCAUUUCAGUUCGGAUUGUGAGGAAUUCGCCGGCAUUCUUUGCUGAGAAGCUGUACAAGAGCAUGAAGGUGGGUAAACGAUUUUCUUCGUGAAGUCUUCGCGAAAGCUAACUCGGCCCAAUUUCCUUCUCGUUUCUUAAGUGGUGGAUACAAACGGGAGGACUGGGACUCAGGGAGCUAAUCCGACGAAUCUGUUUUAAAAUAUUUGCCUUUGAAAUGAUUUCGUCCCAUGAAUGUAAACUUCUAGCUAGAACACCUAUCUUUCGUCUUGUUUAGGGUCUUGGAACAGAUGAUGCCACCCUUAUACGAAUCAUUGUGACGCGAUCAGAGGUGGAUCUGCUGGACAUUAAGGACGAGUUUGCCAAGUUAUAUCAUUGCUCACUGGCUAAGUUUAUAUCGGUACGAGUCAUAUAAAUGUCUUUAAUAUUUUCAUCUUACAAAGGUACUAGGUCCUGGGUAAUCCCAAGUAAGGCUUCCGGAGAUGAAUCCUGUUCAUUUUAAGCGAGUGUGCUCGAUGUCCUAUUCAGACGUUCCGUCACCGACAUAGGGAGAAAGGUCACUGGGUGUUUGCUUGCCUGGGGCUCGUUUCUCGAAAGUCCCGAUAAUUAACGGACCCGUAAAGCUGUUUGGGUUUACAUGAAAGAUAGACGUCUCAAUAGUUUUGCAUCUAACAUGAUAAAUCUAUCAGUUAACGACGCAAAAUGGAGUAGUUUGCCAGCCAGGACUCGGGCUCAUAUUCUUUAUAUUUCGAUUUGAGUAUUUGAUUUCGGGCCCGAAAAGUUACCGGGACUUUCGAGAAACGGGCCCCUGGUUUCUAAUUUUUCUCCAAGGGCCUCUUUCUUUUAGCCGUUUGGAAACAAGGUUGGCUGGAGUUGAAUGUCAUUAUCGUUUUUCUCUUACAAUCAAGUAGCUCCUAACCUCGAAGUGUGCUGUUGCCAAAGUAGUGACGAUGUAACAAACAAAGGAUACUUCCGACUUUCACACACGUAGAGAAAAACUGGCCUCCGUUUUUUGGUUUGUCUAAAGUUAUACCUGAAUGCAACCCUAUUUUAAAUCCUUUGUAAUUUUGUGUACCCCACCCUCCUUCUGCAGUGUAAAGCGUUGCUUUCAAUUGAUACUUCAGUCACGUCAGUCCUAUCUGGACUUGAAGGAAACUGCUGAAUUAGCCCUGACUUGCUUCGCCUAGUGCCUCAAACUUUACCUUUCUUUUCAAAGUUCUGAUGCUUUUUAUAUGAGUAAGGAUAUCUUUGAACUCAAAAAGGUCUCAAAGAGGCAGUGAAACACCUACAUUUAAGUUUUAUUUGGAGUGACGAAGAGUUCGCGUUCGAAGUGCCAGCCUUUGAAUCUCUCUUGAAGUUUGAACUGCAACUCCUACCAAGUAAAUAUUUUUCUUUUCUUUUUUCAGGACGAUACACGAGGAAAUUACAAGAAAAUUCUCCUUCAGUUAAUAAGUGAAUAGAAUUAGACUUUCGCUUAAUGUUUAUGCAAAAGCUUAUUGUGCUUUUCAUCAUCGGCAUUAUUAUGGGUUAAUUUUAAAUGAAUAUGGGCUGUUUCCUUGAUCAUGUGAGAAAUGUUAAUUUAAGUCAUUAGUAUUACAUUCACCGAGAUUGUUACCAUAUAGGGUGAACUUUCUA